AUGCACCAGUUUGGCAGAGAGGAGGCAAGCUCGCUGGAGAAGCUGUUUGUGUUCUUCACACAGUGCUUGCAGCGGGGGGAGUGGGCUCUUGCCCAGGCCUGCGUGCCCCAGCUCGGAGAGUGGCAGGGAGGGGGCGCGGGGCAGGUGCAGGAGAUCCUGCAGGCUAUCCUAGCCUGCCCAUACCAGCUGAGAUGGGACACAGUUGGUAGCCCUCAUCUCCUUGCUUGGCAGUGGCUUCAGGUACUAGAGAAGUGGUCUCAAGAGCAGAUCCCAGUAUUUGUCAAGAGUGAGCUGGAGUUCAUGUUACUUCUGGAGGAGCUGCAGACUGAAGCUUCAGAAAAUGUGCUCAAGGAGUUCUAUCAAGCCUUCUUACACAGCCACAGCCCAAACAUUACCAAAGAAAAGAAAAGGGAACCGCAGAGCGCGCAGCUCAGUGCGGAGGCAGUGUCGUGCUUGUGGGACAUGUUGUCAGAAAAGCCCAGACUGGCCCAGGCGCUGACGGGGUACCUGCUGGCACAUGACUGCGACAGCAGCUCUCUGCACAAGCUGUUCAUUGACUUCCUGCAGGAGGCAGUGUGUGGGCUGCGGGGUGGCGCUGGCAGCCGCGCUGUGGAGCAGGUGUACUCAGGGCUGUCGGUCCUGCAUUGUAACCCCGAGUGGCCAGCCGGAGAGCUGAGGCAGCUGUGUGAGGCGCUCUUCGAGUCCAGCUGGGGGGAGGCGGCCCCUCUCAGAGAGGAGAGAGUGCUGAGCUGCCUGCUGCGGCCACACGCUCACGCUCUGAUUAGCCUGUACAGCAGCGUCGCCAUGGAAAGGACGAAGGAAAAGCUGUUGGAACACAAGCCACAGGAGCAAGUGUCUGCCAAGCUGUCUGAAGCAGAGAAGGUUACAGCCCUGAGUUUGAUGAAAAGGGAAGAUGUUUCCAGUCUACACAGUCUCCUGAAUGAGGAGUUUAGGCCUCUUUCUAGGCUGCUGCUAUUGCUGGGUUGCACUCACUGCCAGAGUUUGGAAUCAGCAAAGACCUUCCUGCGCACUCUCCACGAGAACAGGGAGCUGCACUGUGAUUUUGUACUGAAGGAGUUUGGGGAUGGCCUAUCCACGCAGGUUAAAAUACUUGAAUGGUGCUCUGAAAACAACAGGAACAGAAUUCCCAGUCCAGAUCUGCUGAGGCACCUGCACAGUGUGGACUGCCACUCGGCUCUGUAUAUCCUGCACUCCCUCACCACCCUGCCUGCGCUGGACGAGGAGAGGGUGCUCCAACUGCUGCAGGGGCUGCCAGCUACACACAGCAACGGUCAGCAGAUUCACAGAAACGCUUUCAGCUGGGGGGGCUCACUCGGGUCUCCGUCCUACGCUUGGCUGUUCUCUAUACACUGGGGUGGCCAGAGUUCCCUGUAUAUCUACACACGCCUCUCAGAUCCUGCAGGGUUUAUGGAGACCUCUACCCUUGUUAGGCGUAGGAAUGUGGUUCUGUUCCAAGGGUUCUGUGCCAUGAAAUAUGCUGUCUACGCACUGUGUGUCAACGCAGACAAACACUCUGCAUGCAAGGACUGCCUGAGCAGCUUGGCAGAGGAGCAGCCAGAGUCCAGAGAGGAGCCUGGCAAAGACCAGAGUUCCAGUCCAGUGUACCCUGAACUUUUUAAGAAAUACAUGAGUAAAUGCCAGCAGUAUUUACAAGCCGUGCCUGUCGUUUUCCGUCUGGAGCUGCUGGAGAACAUUUAUUCCUUGCUUUUCACAUCACGCUCCGACUUAAGCUCAGAGAAAGUAGAGGAGUCUGCCCUGGAAGAGAAUGACGAGGUUGUGGAGGAGGGGGAGGGGGAGGGAGAGGGGGAGACAGAGAGGAACUCUGAGGUGCGGAGCCUCAACAGCAGCCUGGAGCACAGCGAUUACCCAGAGACAGGGCAACAGGAUGGGGGAGAGAGCAGCCAACCACAGAGAAGCACUCACCUUAAAGACACUGAAUCCCAGACCUUCAGACACUUGAAGCACUUUGCUAAUGGGGCCGGCGGGUUCAUGGCAGACGAGGCGGCACUGGAAGCGUUCCUGAAGCUGCUGAAAGAGCACCUGGACGGGAUCGACAGGGACGUGCUGUGGGAGAGUAAGCAUGCGCCGGACACAGAGAAGGAACUAGCUGAGUGCCUGAACUGUUCCAUCAGCGCCGACACCUUCAACGCGCGCUUACAGCGGCUUUCCAAGUACAUCUCCGAAACCCAGUGGAGGUUCCAGGUGGUUACCAGCAACAAGACUGCAGAAGGGCAGAUUUCUGCCACAAGAAAACUGCACCCUGUUACUCUGAGACGCUCCAGCUUCAAGAGGAGAAGACGGGCAGCAAGAAGCAGAGCUGGUGAGGAGUCUGUGUGGUCCAGCAGGGAGGACAGAAUCCUGAUUUUUAUCAACAGCAGGGCUGACCAUACAGAGCCCCCACUAGCCCGGCAGGCUCCUUGGUCAGUUUGCUCCAUUUUCGCUGAUAACCUGCUGGCAGCACUUGGUGAAAUAUUAAAGGUUCUGAAAGAGGUGGAAGGCAUGAAGCACCUGUUCCUGGUGAAGGACGCUGAUCUCCGGGCCAGGCUGGUGCUGCACUGCUUGGAGAAGUGGCCCCUGGGAGCCUGCCUGGAGAUCGUCAUGUUCUGCGUAAGUGACUCAGAGAAGACGGAGGAGCUGAAGGAGAACCUGCUCUUGAAGAAACAGGAGCUGCAGAUUUACCAACAGAUCUUGGAUCUGAGUUCUCCCUCCAGGUGGAGCAACUGGCAGGAAGUGCGGAGAGAUUCCCGAGAGGAGUUUGGUCUGUGUGACAGGUGAGUGGAGCAGCACCCUGUCUCUCCAGAGUGUAUGAUGAGGCUGCAGAGAGAGCACCUGCUUCACCUGCUGGAGACCGGGGAUUCGGAGGACGCCUUCCAGUUGCUCCAGAGCCUGUCGGACCCGGAACUGUGCCUGCUGAUCAGUGAGCAGGCCCUGGACCAAUGCCCGGGGCUGACGGCCUGCCACUUCCUGGCUAAUUAUCUCACCUCACACAUCCACAAGAGCGUGGCCCCAACGCGCCAGCACCAGAUACAGGCCAUGCACAUAGGCUCAGAGUUGUUGCUGACGCUACCAGAGCCCGCUCGCCAGCAUUACUUUCAGCUGUCAUCCAGCCCACUGCUGAUGCUGGAGCAGCUCCUGAUGAACAUGAAGGUGGACUGGGCGGCCGUGCUCUCCCUGCAGCAGCUCCUCCUGGGGCAGGAGGCCGGCUUCACAGCCGAGGACAUCAACGAGCUGCUCACCAGAUAUGCCAGGAAGGCUCUAGAUUUCCCCUACGCACACCUGGAGAGAACCAGAGCAGAAGAUAAGUCUACAGGACCUCCUGAUCUAGACUCCAGGACAGGAGACCUUCCCUCCUUGUUCUCUGCAGAAACAACCCCCUCUUCCACUGCUGGCAGCAGCCCGCUACACACACCCAAAGCCCCCCCCGAGAGAGCCCAGUGCAGGCAGAAAUUAGAGUUCACUCCCCCUGAGAGACCACCGGAGAAGAACAACUGGAUUCCAGACCAGCAGCAGGAUGUGUGCAUGGUGUGCAGGAAGGAACGCUUCACCAUGUUUAACAGGCGGCACCACUGCAGGCGCUGUGUCCGGCUGGUCUGCAACACCUGCUCCACUAGGAAGAUGGGUGUGCAGAGCUGCAGAGAGGAUCCAGUGCUAGUGUGUGACCAGUGUUACAGCUUUUACACCAAGAGUAAGUGCUCUGGCAUUCUCAGUGAGGGAAUGACGGGGAAAGCUGAUUCUCACACUGGAGCUGCAUCUUUACAACUUUCCUCUAAUUACAGCAUAAAAGAGCACGAGCAAGCAGAAGUGGCUGACAGCCUUGGCAGUGGCUGUUUGGGUUUUUCUGUCAUAUUGCAGUUACCAGAAGUGCCGGGGAGGCUGCGCAAACUCUCACUGAAUGAAGCAGAAAAUGAGAUUGAGCACAGCGAGUUCUACUACGAGCAGCGUCCCCGGCUGCUCACCGACAUCAUGAAGCAGCUGCUCUUCAGUGCCAAGCUGAUGUUCGUCAAGGCGGGGCGCAGCCAGGACCUGGCCCUGUGCGACAGUUACAUCAGCAAGGUAGACGUGCUGAAGAUUUUAGUCUCUGCCAACUACAAGUACGUGCCAUCACUGGAUCAGAUCCUGCAGCCUGCAGCCGUGUCCAGACUGAGGAACCAGCUGCUGCAGACAGAGUAUUACCAGCUGGCUGUGGAGGUCUCCACUAAGAGUGGUCUGGACCCUGGUGUGUGGCAUGCCUGGGGGAUGGCCUGCCUGAAAGCAGGGAACCUGAUUGCAGCGCGAGAGAAUUUCAGAAGGUGUCUGAAAGCUCUGUUCGACCCGAACCAGCAGAAUUACGGGCCCCAGCUCCUGCAGGAUAUCAUCCAGCACCUGGAGUCCACUGUCAAACCCAGCUUAUCCCUGAACGAUGAUAUCCUGGCCACCCUGAAGCAACUGGAGGAUGCUCUGAUGGAAACUACCCCUCCUGACAGACCAGAAGGGAAGAUACAGCAGAACAGCUGCUACCAGGAGUGCCUCUACUACCUGCACACGUACAGGACCAACCUGGCCAUCAUCAGCUUCUACAUGAGGCAUGACUGCAUGAGGGACGCGCUGAUACACCUUCUCAACAAGGAAACCCCGGAGGAUGUGUUCCUGGAGGGGAUCUUCGUUCCGAGCUAUGAAAGUGGGAAGCUGCACGUUCUGGAGAACCUGAUGGAGACCAUUGACUCGGGGCUGGAGAGCUGGAGUGGGUACCUGAUCGCAUCCUGCAAACACCUGCAGAAACGAGGCUUUUUCAACAUCCUCUAUGACCUGCAGCAGUUCAUGAAGGACCACGUGCGGGCAGCUAUGACUUGUAUCCGGUUCUUCACUCACAAGGCAGAAUCGUACGUGGACCUGGGGGGGAAGCAGAAGUGGCUGAUCAAGGCGAAGGACCACCUGAAGACCUACCUUCAGGAGCACUCAAGCCGCAACUCCGGGAGGAGGAAGUCUGCCAGCUCCUUCAGGAAGAAGAUGUACUCCAGCGAUGUGUCCAGGCACAUCAACACAAUCGAGCUGCAGAUUGAAGUGACCAGGUUCCUGCAUCGCUGUGAGAGCUCUGGCACCUCAUGCAGCAUAGCCUUCCCACCUGCCAACCUGUUUGGAAACAGAAGCAUGAAGAUGGACGUGGCCUGCAAGGUCAUGCUUGGCGGUAAGAACAUUGAGGAGGGGUUUGGAAUUGCCUUCGGGAUUAUACAGGACUUCCUGCUGGACGCAGCAGCGGUGUACAACAGGGCAGUGAAGCGGCUGGUAAAGUACAGGCAGUAUCGGGAGAUCAGGCAGCUGCUUAAGUGUGUCAGCGAGUCGGGAGCCGCCACCAAGAACGACUGUGAUAACAUCAUCCUGAGCUGCAUCGAGGCAGCUGACAAGGUGCCCUCCGAGGCUAAGGAACUUGACAGUUUGAUUUUGGAAAUGAAAAGCACAGAUAACAAGAUCAAGGCCUACCUGCUGUGCAGUAAGCUGCGCUCGGCCUACCUGAUCGCGGUAAAGCUGGAGCUGCCUCGGGCCUCCCAGCUGGUGCAGGAAGUGCUGGGGGCUGCAGAGCAGGCCAGGGACCUCAUCAUGCAGGACAUCUGCACACAGUGGCAGUCCGAGCACCAGGGCAGGAGCAGCACGGUUCCCCGGCAGGGCGCAGCCACACGCAGAUAGCAGGGCGAACAGACCACACACGCACACACGCACUGCCAAACCUGCACUCCUUCCUAGGAGAUGGUUCUGUUCUUCAGAACCAUCUUACACGAAUGAAACCAAAUCUGAAAGCAAGCAAAGGGGCUACAUUGUCAACCCCCGUCCCCCAAGUACUCGGUUGUUGUUUUAAAGUCAGUUUUUUUCAGUUUUUUUAGUGUGCCUCUUGCAUAGUACUGUAGGUGCUCUAUGAAAAAUAAGUCAGAGAAUUACAGCAAGCAGUUGCCUACUCUAGUACAUUAGUAAAUUAAUUAUUAACAACAAUUAUUCUUAGUUUAGGUGACAUACCAAAAGCCGUUUUGAAGGAUGCUGUGCGAAUUAAAAAAAACUCUAUUUAUUUAAGAAGGUAGUUUCAGUGGUGUGCUAGUAAUGGCGAAUACAAAUCUAGGAGAAUGUGACAAUAAGCAGGAAUACUUGAGAAAUCAGUGCAGUUCUUUUAUAUUUAUUGUGCAAAUUAUACACAUGUUGGUACAGUACUUUAGAUUUAAUGUAUGGCUUUGCAGGCUUUAAAACUGGAACUUACUUCUCUUUUGGGAACAAUAAAAAUGACUGGUGGAAUGUGAGGAUUGUUAUAAUCCCGGUAUAUUAUUAUACCCUCGGCUGGGGGUCUGCCCCAGGCAAUAGGGAGGUGGUAUAUUAUUAUGCCCUUGGCUGGGGGUGUGCCCCAGGCAAUAGGGAGGCGGUAUAUUAUGCCCUUGGGUGGGGGCGUGCCCCAGGCAAUAGGGAGGUGGUAUAUUAUUAUGCCCUCGGGUGGGGGUGUGCCCCAGGCAGCAGGGAGGCAGCGGUAUAUUAUUAUGCCCUCGGGUGGGGGCGUGCCCCAGGCAACAGGAAGGUGGGUGGCACCAGCACAUGAAUAUCGUAUUCAUGGCACCCUUUUUCUGUUUUAUGUAUAUUUAAAGAACCACUUACCCAUUUGUGAGGAAACUUGCUAAGGGCAUUGUUGAGAGUAUGAGAAUCUGGGAUAUAUGAUGGUUUGUGUGAGUAUCCUCAAACAUGGGACAGCAAUGGAAUGGAGAUGCUUUGUGCUUCUUAGUAAAGUUGCCAGUAGUUUUAUUACGUUUUAAUAUGGCUGCCUAGACUAUACUUGCAUUACAUGUGUAAGGACAGCAUUUAUUGUGUCUUGUAGGAUAUGCUGACAAGCGUCUGACACAUCAACUUGGGUACAAGUAGAAGGGACUGAGACUGGGCAGACCACAUUGUAAUAUUCAUUUGUUUACAGACCAAAACGUUUUUCAAAACUGCGAGCUGGAUUCAGUCAAAACAGAAAGAAAUACAGCGCUGCUUCGUAAACUUUCAAACCUGGGAGUACCUGCUCAAAACUGUCCCAGUGAGGCCUUACAUUUUCUAUUUAUUUAUCGGUUCUAGUUAAUGUUGCAGUGCUUAUUCUAGGCUUCAGCGCCACCUGUGGCUUGCGGUGGUAGUGCUCCAAUGUUGUUGCUCUGUUUUGGUGGCUCUGUUGUGGUAAAUUUCUCCUAGGCAUUGAAGAGAUCAAUAAGAUAUCAAGAGAAAGGCAGUUACAACUGAGCAAGAGACCCUAAAGCCACCUGAAAAUAUCUUUAACAGGUUACGUCAACAAUAGAACUUCAGUAUGAAGGGAAAUGUUGUACAAAGGUAAGGGGACAAAAAAAAGUUGAUAAUAUCUUAAUCUGAUUACUCGUAAUAAAUGUGGAACUAAACGCUGGAAACCUUCAAAAGGGAUAUAUGGCCACAGGAUAAUAUCUGGUGUCUUGAAAUAAAGAAACGCACAUGUGAUUGCUAGCUCUGCCGCGCAGUAGAAUACUGGGUUAGGCCAAAAUACACUUCUUCACUUUGAGUUCUUGCAGCACUUGUAACUAAUCAAAGUGUGUGAGGCGUGUUUACAUUGCUGUAGCUCUUCUAACCCAAUCAAAUGCCUUAUUAACCACAUUUUAUAUACUGCAGUUAGAAAAGACAGAGGUCUUCCCUUUAAGAGAACCACUUCAAAUACACUUCAAACACAACAUACAGACUGACAGUUUAUAGAGGAGCUGGAUUAGGCAGGCUUUACUGUACAAUACAGUAAACAAGGAAAAAUAACAUGCAUCUGUUUUACGGAAAUAAAGAAAGAUUGUUCACGCUAUGUGUAAUUUCCAUUUUCACCUAUUAGAAAAUGCCAACAGUCACUUGUUCACACAAGUUUGCAGAAUAGUUUGCUUUUUUAACAGCACUAGCUAUGUUUAAUAAUAUGUUUAAUAAAAUGCAUUCAUCUAGGAUGCACAC